UGUUGUAUUUUAAUUGAAACAUUCAUUCUGGUCCAACAAGAUAAAAAUUUGCGAAUUGAUGAUUGAUUUCUAAUUUCGAAAUGGAAAGAUUGAAUAUAAUAACUUAUGAAGCAACUGUUGCUACCGGUUUGGAAUCAUUGGCUCGCAAAGAAAUUCGAGAAAAAGUUGCCGAUUGUUCGGAUAUCAAUCACACGAAUGGACAUAUCAUUUUUCGUACAAAACGUGGUUAUGAUGAAAUUUCGAAAUUAUGUUCAAUCGAUAAUAUUUUCGCUGUUAUUUAUGAUGAUUAUCAUCCACAUAUGAUUAAUAUGGAUCUCGACACCCUUUAUCAGCAAAUAUUCAUGUCUGUGAUUGAAAAAUGUGAUUGGAAAACCGGAAUUAGUGUUUGGAAAGAAGCAAUAAAAUUCGCCGGAGACAUUGAUGCUAUACUUGAUCCAGAUGAUAAAUCAGCAAUACCUUCAUUCCGUACUUCAUGUAAUCGUUGUGGUGUACAUAAAUUUACAUCUCAAGAUGCGGCACAUCGAUUUGGUGGUCUUGUAAAUGAUCGAUUUCAAUGGAAAGUUUCACUCAAACAAUAUGAUUUAGAAGUUGUGCUUCACAUCAAAGAUAAUUCGUUGCGAAUAUUAUUAUGUUUGACAAAAGAAUCUCUAUCCAAACGACAUAUCGUAUCAUUUGGUCUGACAACAUUACGAGGAACAAUUGCCUAUAAUCUCAUUCAAAUAGCAAAUGUACAACCAGGUGAAAUUGUCUGCGAUCCAUUAUGUGGUUCAGGUGUAAUACCGGUUGAAUGUUCAAAAAAUUGGUAUGAAAAUUUCGUCAUCGCAACAGAUCUCUUUGAAACGGCCAUCGAUAAGAGCCGGACCAAUUUCGAUGCAAACAAUUUAUUCAAACGAACUGAUCUAUUAAGAUGUGAUUCAACCAAAUUGCCAAUAAGAGACAAUACAAUUGAUGUAUUUGUCACUGAUCUUCCAUUCGGUAAACGAAUGGGAACAAAAAUGGACAAUAAAAAAUUAUAUCCAUUGCUGAUCACAGAGAUGAUACGAUGUUCUCGUUUGGAAUCGGCACGAAUUGUUAUACUAACUCAGGAUAAAUUGAAUGCUAACAAAACAAUCUAUAAUCGAAUGACACAAAAGUAUUGCAAAUUUGAACGAGCAUAUCAUGUAAACGUUGGCGGUUUGAAUGCUUCAGUUUACUUAUUGAAAAGAAAUGGACAAAAUUUUAAUGAAUAAACACAGUUUUUUAUUUAUUUUUU